GGAGGCACAUUUCUGUGACGCACCUUCAAAAUGGCUUCCACAGCUGAACCGGGCUAUCAAAUUUUCUCAUUUGAGGACUGCAAGUCGUCUCCCGACCCAGUAUUUGAUAUCCCGGCUCAGUGUCUUAGCCCUACACCGUCCCCAAUAAUCAUAGAUAAUGGCUCGUUCCAGACCCGGACUGGUUGGGCUGGUCCAGCAGGGGAACAGGACUCUCCGCAGCUGCUCUUCAGGUCGGUGGCGGCGCGUAAUAGAGGAGCCGCACGCAGUGAGACCCAGAUCGGUAACGAUAUCCCCAACCUGGAGCCACUGCGAUGGCUGUUGAAGAGCCAGUUUGACCGAAAUGUGGUUGUGAAUUUUGAGAUCCAGGAGCUCAUUUUCGACCAUGUUUUCACACACAUGGGCAUCACAUCAGAGGAUGGUGUGGCACAUCCUAUUGUUUUGACUGAGGCACCCUGCAACCCGCUGCACUGUCGGCAGAUGAUGUCAGAGUUGCUGUUUGAGUGCUACCGUGUACCUUACGUGUCAUACGGAGUGGACAGCUUGUACAGUUUCUACCACAAUAACAUUCAAAGGAAUCUCCAGCCCCCACACACCGGCAUUGUUCUGUCCUCAGGAUACCACUGUUCACACAUCCUGCCAGUCAUCAAUGGCAGGUUUGAUGCAGUAAACAGUAAGCGUGUGAACGUGGCUGGGAGUCAGGCAGCGUCCUACCUGCAGCGUCUCCUUCAGCUUAAAUACCCGGGACACCUAGCUGCUAUCACACUCAGCCGCGUUGAGGAGCUGCUGCAUGAACAUAGCUACAUAGCUGCGGAUUAUCAUGAAGCAGAGCUGGAAAAGUGGCGCAGCCCAGAGUUUUAUGAGCGUGAGGUUCAUCGGAUGCAGCUUCCCUUCACAAGUAAGGUGCCAGGCGGCUGUGUGAGUGUAGAGGAGAGGCAGGAGAGACGAGCUCAGCAGCUCCGGCGGCUUCAGGAAAUCAACGCUCGCCGCAGGGAGGAGAAACUACAGCAGGACCAAGAGAGGCUGGAUAGACUCAUGGCAGUACAGGAGCUGCUGGAGGACGGCCUGUUGGAUCAGUUUCAUAAGAGUCUAGUUGAGCUCAACAUGGACUCGGCAGAGGAGCUGCAGUCAUACAUCAACAAGCUGCAGUUGGCUGUGGAACAGGGUAGACAAAAACUGCUGCACAUUGACGGAGCAGAUGGAAAGACAGAGGUGUCUGAGCUGGAACAGCCAAUGGAUGAGGGAGACGGAGUGGCACUGAUGGAUCCUGACUUCCCUGAAGACACACUGCCAGAAAAACCCGCAAAUGUAAUUCAGCCCGUGUUCAACAUGGCUGAAUACCACCAGCUGUUUAUUGGAACAGAGCGUCUGCGGUGUCCAGAGGUCAUGUUCCAGCCUUCACCGACCGGAGAGGACCAGAUGGGACUGAUGGAGACGCUGCAGUACGUCCUGGCCAGGUACACUCCAGAGCAGCAGGAGGCGCUGGUGAGCAAUGUGUUUCUGACAGGUGGAAACAUGCAGUACCCAGGGAUGAAGGAGAGAGUGGAGAGAGAACUGCGGGCCAUGAGGCCAUUCCAAUCACAUUUUAAGGUUACAAUGGCGUUGCGACCAUCCCUGGAUGCUUGGUAUGGGGCAAGAGAUUGGGCCCUAGAGCAUCUACCUGGAGAAGGGGGAGUAUCCACAGAGGGAUGGAUCAGCAGACAGGACUAUGAAGAGAAAGGAGGCGAGUAUCUGAGUGAGCACUGUGCCUCUAAUGUCUUUGUGCCUAUAAAACUCACCAAACCAGUUCCUCCUCGUCCUACCGAGUCUACUGGUACCUCACUGACACCAACUGGAGCCUGUGCUGCCACCACCACCACAGUAACUUCUGCCCCAACGCCCCCCAGUUCUACUGUUGCUGAAAUUCCCAUGGUAACCUCUUAAACUGGGAUCACAGAUAUUUGGAGCCUCUGUUGUUCUGUGAAUCCCAGAAGUCAUUAUUGAUUGCAGCAAAGUGUUUACUCCUAUUCAGUUUGACUUUGCUGUUCUACAUCCGUAUUGAGGUCAAAAUUUCCCAACAUUCCUUCUAGCAACCGUCAUUGAGCAGGAUUAAACUGGGUACAUUUAAAGUCAAGAAGACCUUGACUUAGUUCUUUGAUUGUUUGAGACUGAAAACAAAAUCGCCUAUUUGCUGAAGACUCAGUUUGUUUGUUUGUUCUACCCAAAAAAUUACUUUGGGUUCUGCUAUCAAGCGUUUGGAAUAAACAAAACAAACUACCAAAAUACAAAUGAAGCUAAAAGCUAGAAUAAUAUUUAGCUGUUAGUUUAACAGAGAUUGUUGUAAAGAUCUUUGAAGGAAUACAUUUCCUGUGUACUCUGUAGUCUGCAGAGAGACUUCAUCAUUCCUACUUUUUAGGUCUGAUGUGACUUUGUAGAGUCCGGCUUACACAUGUUUUGAAAAAAAACAGUCAUAUUUUAUUUCCAUUACACUUUGCAAAACCACAGGAGAGCAUUCAAAUUGAAUGGUUGAAUUAAUGAUCUGAAUAUGUCAAGUGGAAAUAUCUCAUGUGUUAAUAUGUAAAUAGAAUUUAUUGUUUGUAUGUUUUUUUUAAUAAAAUACAUAUUUUCACAAAUUGAAA